AUGGUUCAUACACGGUUUUCGUCUGCAUCUCCUGCAUCUCAAACAAAUAUUCCAAAUUCUAAAUCAAAUAUGAAAUCUGCAGUUGCUUCUGGUAUGAAUUUUCUAAUUCAUCCGGAUAAUUGCUGUUCUUCAAAAAUUGCUUCUACAAUCAAAUAUUCUUUGAUUCAAGCUAUCCAUGAGAAGCUUUCAACAAAGCAAGUUAGUGAUUUUGGUGAUUCUUGUUUUGGCCAUUUCCUAAAUCUGCCAGAGUUCACAAUGCAACAUCAGCUUAUACACAAUCUAUUGCUAAGAGAGUUGCAACAACCCAACAAGCUAGAGAUUUGGGUUGGUGUAAAUGGCAUGAAGCUUCGAUUUGGGAUAAGGGAGUUUGCAUUAGUCACCGGAUUACGGUGUGUGGGCUUCACAGAUAAAAUCAAAUAUGUUUCAAAGGAUAAUGGUCUUUAUUCUACAUAUUUCAAGGAUCAUUCGAAGAUCAAUAAGAAACUUCUUAAAGAAUUCUUUGAUGGGAAAAAAUGGAAGAAUGAUGAGGAUGCCUUGAAGAUUACAUUGAUGCAUUUUCUGCACAAUUUAUUGCUUAGUUCUUUUGAAACUAAUAUUGUCCCCAAAGAAGACUUUAAUAUUAUUGAUAGUGGUGAGUUUUCUGAAUUUCAUUGGGGUAAAGAAGUUUUCAAGGCUACUGUUGAACCUUUAAAGAAAAGGAUUGUUGUAAAAAAUAGUAAAAAAGAGAGCAACAAAGAUGACAAGAAAAAAGAACAGGCUUUCUAUAGGUCGCUUGGAUUUCCAUAUGCCUUCCAAUUGAAAUUGAGGAAUAUAUAUCCUACUUCCAAGGAGAGAAAAAAUUCAGAAAUAAACAGUUUGUUUCCAAAAGAAAAGGAAGCUAUUGAGGAUGAAAUCGGUGUUGCUGAUAAUGUUAGAGUUGCUCAAGGACAUAGAGCAACUAAUUCUAGAGUUGCUGCAUUAGGAGAUGAUGACUUUGUAGAGACUCCACCUCGGUCUAUUGCUAGUGAUUCUUCACCUUCUUUGCCUGCUAUUCAUCCUCACUUUGAUACUGGUGGUUGUUCAUCUCCUACGCCUGAGAUGCCUCAUGUUUUGCUAAGUAGCAUGCAUGCACAGUUGCUAGCUUUAGAGGCAUGCAACAAGAGAUUAGAAGAAAGCAACACAAGAUUAGAAGCAAGCAACAAGAAAUUAGAAGAGAGCCACAAGAUUGUUAUUAAUGAGUUGUCUUCAUUGAAGAGUCAUGUUCAUGAAGGAUUUUUGAAUCUUCAGAAGUUAUUUAGUUCCCAUUUUGUAGGGAAACAAGAUUCUCAUGAUAUUGAGGAGGACAAUACCAACAUUGUUGAUGAUGAAAUGGUUGAAAAUAAUUCGAAAGAAGAAGAUGAAAAAGAGGAGGAUGAGUCUGAAGAAGAAGAAGUGCAUCAAUCUGAAGAAGAUAACGAUGAAAGUGAUGAUGAUGAUGAAGACAAUGCAAAGUGUUUUGGAGAAGACAAUGAUGAUGAUGAAGAAGAGAAAGAUGAUAAUCAUGAAAAAACAAUGGAGGAAACAAGGAUGAGGAUUCUAAGGUUGAUGAUUCUCAUGGUUCUUGUCAAGUUCCAUCUCAAGUUGCCCAGGUUGAUGAAGUUGCUAGUCAUGUUGCUGGUGAGGUUGUUGAUUCUCAAGUUACUAAAGAUCCAAAAGUUGCUGGAGUUGCAACUAAGGUUGCAGAGGCAGUUGCUGAAGAUCCAAAAGUCUCUUUUGUUGGAUUCUUUAUCAGACAUUGAAUUGGAUAAGGCUAUAGAAAAUGCAUAUAAAGCUGUAGAUGCGAUGAAGGCAACUGGGGUAUAG